AUGUUCACUAUUCUUCUUAACAAUGAAGAAAGUAUUUCGAUACUUGGACCGGAUAGUGUCUAUAUUACAAGUACUAUUUCCACUGUAAAUGAAAUAUUGGAUAAACACAAAGGAAAAAAUUUAAAUACAUUCUUUCUCUUUCAAAAUGAUUUAAAGAAAGAAAUCAAAAUAAGAAAAAAAGAAAAUCAAUUUGAUGUUUUCCUCAAAAACAUCCACAAUAUUUGGAGAGAAGUUCCAAAAUCUUACAAAAAGAAGUAUAAACUUCUUUCGGAAGAACUUGAACGACACAAUAAAACUUCUGAACUUGAAAUUCGACAAUUUGAUCCUAAAAAAAAAAAGCCAGAACGUAAGAGAAAACAAAAAGAGAACAAUAAGGAUGGUUCUUUUAUGAAAACUCUCAGCGACCUUCAUCCUAAGAAAAAAUCGAGAAAAAUAGAAGAUGAAGUCACUUUCUUAGAAUCUGAUGAGGAAAAUAAGUAUGGUUCUUCUCUCUUAGAAUCAACUGUGGAAGAUACUACUAGUACGUUUUUAUCUAAUAAUAUGCCAGCAGCCGAAGAAAUGUAUCCACAGGAAAGCAAUUUUAGUUAUGGCAAUCCGCAAGAAGUGGCAUAUGGUUCUUUCGUGGAAAAUAAUAUCACUUCUCAUGACUUAAGUUAUUUACAGCAAGAAAAUUCGAUGGAUUCAUAUAUUUAUUCUUCUCAAAAUAUUAAUUAUGGAUAUCAAUAUUUCGACGUUGAACCAGUUUAUAUCAUCAAUUGA